AUGGCGGCCCCAAAGGCGAGGUCACACAAAAUCAUGGUGGAGGAUGACCCAGAAGCAUACCUGGUGGCAUUUGAGCGGCUGGCUACCACCGCGUCAUGGCCCCGUCAGUUCUGGGCAAGCCAAUUGGGAUCUUGCCUGAUUGGUGAAGCACAGGCAGCAUACCAGGGAAUGGCUAAUGACGACGCCGCUCAAUGUGACCUGUCCAGUGGAGCUUCCGAGCACCACCUCAUCUCUCUGCUCCGCCACCCCCACCACCGGGACCAGGUCAAUGACCUCCUAGACCGCCGACCCCCAUGGGCAACCUUGCUUCCCUUCCAUGGAGAUCAAGGUUGUCCCCCCCAGCUGGGAUGCCACCAGCCGAGUAAUCAGGCGAAAUCAUGCCCAUCUGCGAUGGAGUGUAUCAUGGCUGCAUGCAAUCUGGCAUCCGAAGCGGUGGAGCCUGUCCACAUUAAAGAAGAGACUGAACUGGAGCCUGUCCACAUUAAAGAGGAGUCUAUUGACGUGUGUAAGGAUUCAAAAAACGUAUCCCAAACAAAGUUAUUACAUAAAUGUACUGAAUGUGGGAAAAGCUUCAGUCAGUUAGGAAACCUAAAAACACACCAGCGACUUCAUACUGGAGAGAAGCUGCAUCACUGUACUGUAUGUGGGGAGAGUUUCAGUCAGUUAGGAACCCUAAAAAGACACCAGCUAAUUCACACUGGAGAGAAGCCACAUCACUGCAGUGAAUGUGGGGAGAGCUUCAGUCGGUUAGGAAGUCUAAAAAGGCACCAGCGAAUUCACACUGGAGAGAAGCCGCAUCUCUGUUCUGAAUGUGGGAAGCGUUUCAGUCAUAUAGAAAGCCUAAAAAUACACCAGCGAAUGCACACUGGAGAGAAGCCGUAUCUCUGUUCUGUAUGUGGGGAGAGUUUCAAUGUGUCAGCAAACCUAAACAUACAUCAGCGAAUUCACACUGGAGAGAAGCCGUAUCAUUGUUCUGAAUGUGGGAAGAGUUUCAGUCAGCUAGGAAGCCUAAAAAUACACCAGCGAAUGCACACUGGAGAAAAACCUUAUCUCUGUUCUGUAUGUGGGGAGUGUUUCAGUGUGUCAGCAAACCUAAAUAUACACCAGCGAAUUCACACUGGAGAGAAGCCAUAUCACUGUAAGAAAUGUGGGAAGAGUUUCAGUCAGCUAGGUAGCCUAAAAAUGCACCAGCGAAAGCACACUGGAGAGAAGCUGUAUCGCUGUAAUGAAUGUAGGGAGAGCUUCAGUCAGUUAGGAAGCCUAAAAACACACCAGCGAACUCACACUGGAGAAUAGCCAUAUCACUGUGCUGAAUGUAGGGAGAGCUUUGGUCAGUCAGGAAGCUUAAAAACACAUCAACAGGUUCACACUGGAGAGAAGCCGUAUCACUGGUUAAAGACAUUUGCUCCCACCAGUCACCGUGCUCUAUACCAAUCAAAACUGAGUGUGAUGCUCCAGUGAAUUUUCUUCAAAGAAACCUGAUUGUGUGCCAACUUAAGUGGAUGUAAUUAUGAUUUAGUUUACGUGUGAGUGAGUGUAUACCAAAGCAGCUGUCAAAUGUGUGUUUGUAUUUUAAUCCUCAAAUGGAUUUGAUAAAUGGAUGUUGAUUUUUUUAAGU